AUGCUCUUCUUCCCUGAGAGCCCGCGGUUCUACUGCAUGCAAGACGAUGAUGCGGCUGGCGUCGCAGCUCUAACACGUGUCCGUCAGACCAACCCUGAUGAUGACCUACUUCAGAAGGAGUAUCUUUCGAUCAAGACUGAAGUAAUUUUCGAGCAGUCCUACAAUCGCGAGAAGUUCCCUGGCGAUUCAGGUGUUGCUCUGCCUUGCCGGCUACACCACACUCUUCUCCACAUGGCCCUCGUUCAAGCGCACAGCUAUUGGCUGCUGUGUCAUGUUCUUCCAGCAACUCAUUGGCUGCAAUGCGAUCAUCUACUACGCUCCUACCAUCUUUGGCAGUUGGGGCUCCUUGGCAAGACGGGAGGUCUACUAGCAACUGGUGUGUAUGGCAUCGUCAAUACACUAUCUACACUUCCCGCACUGUUCCUCAUCGACAAAGUCGGACGUAAGCCGCUCCUGCUCUGUGGCGCUGCAGGAACUUUCAUUUCGCUGGUCAUUGUUGGUGGAGUCAUUGGCGAAUACGGUGACACGCUCCGAGAUCAUUCUGCAGCAGGCUGGACGGGCAUCGCUUUUGUCUACAUCUAA